ACCGAGAAUUAAAAUUCUGGAGUGCGAAUGAGAAUUCAAACAGAAACUUGCGCGACAGGAAAAAGAAUCGUCAAGAUUAGAAGUUAAAACAGGAGAAUUAGAAGAUUGAAACAGAGAGAGAUAGUUAUAGAGUUAGGUGCAAUGGUGCUGUGGGAGAUAACACUAGGAACCGCCUAUUUCUUGGGUCUGAAGCGAACUUACAGGCUCGCUCUCAGGAUUCAGCGCAGGAUCGUAAGCCCUAAGUACCCUAAGAUUCGCCAAUUUCUUCACAGACGAACCCGUGCUGUAUUUGAUGUAGCCAUCAGAGUUCAUCGGAGCAUUCAAGAAAGAGACAUAGAAGUGGGACGGAAUUUUGGAAACUUCAUCUUGCGAUGGCUGGAUCGAAUGAAACCAUCGGCUCAGAUUCGGCCACCUUCCAAUGGUGGGUCAAGAGGAGAAAGUGUGGCAAAGAAUGCAGCACCUGGCACUUCCAACAACAAUAACAAGAGUUCCGGUAAUUCUGGAAUGUUCAAAAGGGACUCUGGUAGGCAUUUUUUUAUCUCAUCAAGGACAGGUCCUUUUCGUACCGCUGCAAGGACGAUGCCACCGCCAAAUCCUGUUGGGACUACUACCAUCCAUGGCAGGCACCUCAGCUUCUAUAGUCCUGAAGCUGUUAGAUCAAACUACAGAGUAAAUUGGUCAGGUGGUGUUAUCAGGAAGGACAUUUUGCAGUGGAUGCUGCAUAACUAACUGUCCCUUUAGAUUCUUUUCUGUUGGCUUCGUGGAAACAGUUUUUGAUCUCGGUGGGGGGAAAAGUGAGUGAAUAAUAAUGUUGGUAUGGUACAUGUUGUAAACUGACGGUGAUAGAAUCCCCAAAUUUCUGAUUUUUGUUAAGGCCUUUUUGUAGACUAUACUAGACUGUCAUUUUGCAUAACGAGCGGUUAUGCAUUGGUUUUCAGUUUUGGUUAAAAGAACUAGCUGUUAAUAUCACAAGUGAUCUCUCUGUUGAUUAAUAAUUGUGGAGAUCGCGCAUUUCUGUUAUAAUUAUGUUGUUCCCAGCAAAUUUUGUUUGUACAACUUGUCUAAUUUUUGCCUACAAGUUCAUUUUAUGUAUUAUAUGUAUAAUAUAUACUCUUG